AUGCUCAGCACAACAACAAAAUCGUCGCAACAACAAAAUCAAACGCAAAGAAAGAAGAAGAAGCAAUAUCAACAAGGUGAUAAAAUAUUGAGCAGCUCGUCGCCAACAUGGCUCCUGAGCUGGUUUUCACAACUGACAAAGCCAAACUUGAAAUCAUCUUCAUCGUCCUCACACUCGUCGAUAUCGACAACACCAAGCGUCAUUUUGCCAUGGAAGAACAACCACAAAGCAUCGCCUUCGUCAUCAGUCGUGAUAACAGAUCCCAUUAAUGUCCCUACCAUCAAAUAUACCCCAUCGUCUGAACAUGUAAAUAGACCAGAAAAGCGAUCUUUUACGCAGCAACCACAACAGCAAGAUCAGCAUCGACCCAGCAUCACAAUCUCCUUAACACCAUCUGUUGUAUCAUCCGAAAGACGAAAUUCUCAACAAACAAUCAGUAGUUCAUUUACUACAUCUGAUGAUCAAUAUUCGACCACAGCCGCGUCAUAUUAUCAACGUCGUGAUAGCUCUGAGAGAUCUAUUCUAUCUGAACUAUGGUCCAAAGCAAGACGAAGGCACCCACAUUAUCCUCGUUUUCAUUGGCCGCAUCGACAUGCGCAAAGCCUAGGAAGCAGCCCUCAACAACAGCCACCAUAUAUGCGUGUUCAACCCUCAACAACCGAUGAUUCAAUAACAGCAGCACAAGCACAAGCAGCAGCAGCAGCAGCAGCAGCCAUCUCAUGCCCCUCCUCCUAUCGACAUCAACACUACUUUCCAAGACAUUUCAAGAGACACUCUAUCAGCUCACUUAUGACAUCUGCUGAUAACACACCUUCAGGAUCAAGGCCAAAUUCGGUCAUGCUGUCUCAGCCAACUUCGCCCAAUUUUGCAGCUCUACUCGUGAAACGGCAAAACGAAGAUGACGAUGUGGAUAAUUACUGGCUGUCGGACGAAGAUAGCUGCUCUUGCCAGGUAUUGAAAAAAGAGCGUUGGAUCAUCAAGCAUGAGUUGAUUACACUUGCUGUGGACGGGCUGUUUUCCAUCCCUGAAAUGGUUACACUAUCAUCCUCCAUCGAAAAGCAUGUGUUGCAGAUUGGGUGUGGCGAUGCUGCCUGGAGUAUCGAUGUCGCUAUUCAAUACCCCAAAUGGAUAGUGGUUGGCUUGGACGACGGAGAUGGCGGUGGCGGUAUCAAUGGGCUAUCGUUCAAAAGGAGUAUCCCCAGAAAUUUCAAAUUUAUACGACGAAGCUCUAUUCUGCAAGGCUUGAAAAACCUACCCGAUGGCACGUUUGAUUUCAUAGCAUUUCGCUUUCUGCUCUUGGGAUACACGCUUGAGCAAUACCAAGCACUGAUUGCAGAAUGUCUCAGAAUAUGCAAACCCGGCGGAUACAUUGAAGUGAUGGAGAUGGACAUGCGGAUAUACCACCAAAGGGCGCUAUCGUUGUCUGUUACCCAGCUGCUCAACAAUGAAGUGAUUAGUGCCAUUGAAUCCCAAUCUCUGGAUCCAAGACUAGCUCGAAGAUUGCAGGAUCUGGUCGUGGAAGAAAAAGUGAAAACACACAUUGAAGUAAAGUACAUCUCGCUACCCUUGGGCGUUUGGGGAGGUCGAUUAGGAGUGAUGUUUCGUGAUGAUAUACAUGCCUUGAUCGAGUCCUAUCAACCAGAAAUUGCUGAAGCAAGUCAAAAGCCUGCUCGAUCAGAGGCCGAACUGGAGUACAAGACGGAAUUGAUGGAUCAUGAAUUAGACUCGAACAGAGCAUUCAUGAAUCUUCAUUUGAUGGUGAUCCAAAAAGCCAUGAAUUAA